CCGGCAGCGCAGCAGGAGCGGCGAGCAGGAUGGGGAAGGCGCGGCGGUCCCCGGCGGAGUCGGCGGCGCCCAAGGCCCCCUCGGGCCGCCGGAGGACGCCGCCGGCGCCCGCUGCCCGGGAGCGGGGCUCGCCGAGCGCGGCCCGGGCGCCGCCCAGGAAGCCGCCCAAGGCGCAGGGCCCGGCGGCGGCGGCGGCGGCGGGGGGCGAGCCGGGCGGGCCGGCCCUGGCGCUGGCGCUGGGCGCGCAGCGGGAGCGCUGGCUGCAGUUCCAGCGGCGGCAGCGGGUGAGCUGCGAGGAGGCGGCGAAGCUCCUGCUGGACGCCUUCGAGUACCAAGGGCUGGUGAAACACACGGGAGGCUGCCACUGCGGGGCUGUCCGGUUUGAGGUCUGGGCCUCCGAUAACCUCCACGUCUUUGACUGCAACUGCAGCAUCUGCGUUAAGAAGCAGAACAGGCAUUUCAUUGUGCCUGCCUCACACUUCAAGCUGCUGAAGGGUGCUGACAGUCUCUCCACGUAUACCUUCAACACUCACUGUGCCCAGCACACUUUUUGCAAGACGUGCGGCGUCCAGAGCUUUUACACCCCCCGUUCCAAUCCAGAUGGCUACGGAAUCGCUCCGCACUGCCUGGACGAGGGGACCAUCACCAAGAUCACAGUGGAGCCCAUUAAUGGCAAAGAGUGGGAGAAAGCGGUGAAGGCCCAUCCCACCAUCAGGAAUAUGUCGAAACCGUGACCUUCCCUGUUCUGGAAACACAGACACUCAGUGGGUCCUCUCUUCUCCCCUCCCCUCCCCUUAACCCUGGAUUCAUUUAGGAAACAGAACCGUGCCAUUUUGGUGAACUUCUCCACAGUUAACUGCCCAUUUUCCCCAUCGAUAGGCUAGCUGUAUAGAAACAGGAUUAUCUCAAUCCUGCACCCUCCCCCCAAAGAGAAUUGCAGCUUUCUUAUACUGAGAAAAGGAGCAUUUAGGGGGAAAAAAAGAUUAAAACACUGUGAGGCCCCAAAAAUACACUGAAGUGCUUGCUAAUGUGCAAAGAUCCAGAGGAGAAAUUCCUUUGAGGUGUCCUAUUUUCAGCCUUGGGUUCCAUCUAGCCAGGAGCCUUGCCUUGGCAAGACAGCCUGGGGAUUUGGAGAUGAUUUCCAUUUUUUUUUAAAAAAAAAAAAGAAAGGAACACGUUUUUUGGCAGGUCCGUUUCCUUCGGAGGAGGCGCUGCUCCAUCACGGUGCUUAGAAUAGCUGCUCUAGAAGCCUAUUUUUAGGACGGGCUUAACUCGGUCAGCUGCAGACCUAGUGCCUGGAUCCGCACAGCGUAAGAAGCUUGGUUUGUCUUGGAGGGCCGGGGGGAAUGUCUUUGUGUACUGUGUGAAUUGAGAAAUGUGGAUUAAUUCAGUAAUCAGGUUUAGGGUUCGGUAUGAAUGCAGUCCUUGAGUUGCCUUGUCCCAAAGGACACUUCUCACUUUUGAGGAAACUCUUGACUCGUUUUGGAAAAAAUAAAAAAACAUAUUUUUAAA